AUGGGGGGGGGGGGGGGGGGGGGGUUCGGACGGACCCCCGGACGGGUGGCCGGUGCUGGAUGUCAACGUGAAAUUUCCCGCGCUGUCAAAAGCGUCGAGCUGUCGGUCCGCCGCCACGCGACUAGUGUCGUCCGGCCCGCCGCGCGCCGGGAUCUACGCGCUAGGGUUGUGUACCGUCAGCGUCCGUCGCACGCAGCGCGCCGCCAGCCGCCGCGCCCGCCACUACACCUCGGUCUCCAGCACAGGCCGGGGCUGCCAACAACAUCUCUCAACGACGCGCGGCUCGCCCCAUUCGACACCGUCCUACGUGCGCAGCCC